AUGGGAGGCACUACGCGCCCUGGGGAGUCCCAGGGUUCUGUUGCAGCAGCCGACGCUGCUGCUGCUGCUGCUGCUGCUGCUGCUGCAGCAGCAGCAGCUGCAGCAGGAAAUGGAGGUGGGGUAUGUCUAGAGGAAUCUUUAAAGGAGGCGUCUCUGCUGCUGCAGGAAGCUGAGACAACACUAGAGAGCGACAGGGAGAAGGCUAUUGCUUUAUGCAGGCGUGCGUUGUCUACAGCAGCAGCAACAGCAGCAGCAGCAACAGCAGCAGCAGCAACAGGGUCAGGAGUAUCCUCAGAAAGCGGUUCUUCGAGCGUAGGGAAGGACAAGAGCCCAAUAAUCAGCAUCACGAGCACCGGCAGCAGCAGCAGCAGCAGCAGCAGCAGUAUCUUAGCUUAUAAUGAAGAGGCGCUGCGUGUGUAUGAAGAAGCAGCUGGAUGGUUAGCUGGGGUGUAUGCUGAGUGUAGUGAUUGUGAAAGCUUAUGCGAUCUUUUAUCAGAUUGUCUGAAAGUAUUUGAGAAGCAUCCACGGUCUCGAGCAGCAAAAGUUGUUCGGGGCUUUAUUGCAUGCGUUGCUGCUGUCCGAGUGUCUCCUGCUGCUGUUGUUGCUGUCUGCGAACCGGCUAUAGCUUGGUGUAAGCGUGAAGGUCGUCAUUUCUUAGAGACGCGUCUAAAUUUGUCUCUAGCGAAGGCUAGGCUAUCGCAAGGGGCUCUAUCAGAAGCGCAGCAGCAGCUGCAGCAGCUGCUGCGCGACUGCAGGCGUAUAGAGGAGAAGCAGCUGCUAGUAGAAGUUUAUCUGCUUGAGUCUCAGCUACAAUAUCAAUUAAAGAAUACACCUAAAAGUAGAGCAGCGCUCACUGCAGCAAAGACAACAGCAAACGCUAUCCACUGCCCUCCAACUGUACAGGGACAGCUCGAUCUUCAAGCUGGGGUGUUGCAUGCACACGACAAGGAUUACCGUACAGCUUUCUCAUAUUUCUUUGAAGCCUUCGAAGCCUUCAGCACUCAGGAGGCGACGCAGGAGACGCAAAGGAGACACGAUAAAGCUGCUGCUGCUGCUGCGGCAGCAGCAGCAGCAGCAGGAGCAGCAGCAGCUGCAGCAGCAGCAGUUGCUGGCGCCAAUAGACGCUUCCGUGGCUGUGAAGAAAGAGAAUUAGCAAUGCGUGCGUUGACUUACAUGCUGCUAACGAAGAUAUUGAUGGGGCGUCCAGAGGAGGUCCCCCCUUUGUUAGCGACUCGCCAAAGUUUGCGUUACUAUGAGCAGCCUGUGGGGUGUGGGGUUGUGGGGGAUCAGGGAUCGUGUGGGGUGGACGAUCCCUCGUUGGAAAUAGACGAUCCCAUGAUGGGAGAAGACGAUCCCAGAGGAAAAGGAGACGAUCCCAGAGGAAAAGGAGACGAUCCCGCACGUGUGCGUUUAGAGGCUCUAAGAUUGUUAGCAAUAAGCCGUAGAGAGCGAUCUCUAAAGAUGUUUAGGGGUUUAUUAAGAAGAUAUCGAUGGGCAUUAGUAAAAGAUAUGUUUGUUGAUCAGCAUCUAGAUGAACUGUAUAAUGCAUUAAUAGAAGAAGAUCUUAAGAAGACUCUGCAAGCUUACUCUAGAAUAGAGUUGACGCAUGUCUCGCGUUUGAUGGCAUUACCUGUUAAAGAGAUAGAGGAGACACUCUGUAGAAUGAUGCUUGAUGGUCGCUUAAAGGGGACGCUUGAUCAAGGGUUAGGGGUCUUAGUGCUGUUUCAUGAGCAGCAGACCCCACAACUCUACUCAGAUGUGCUGUCUACUGUAGCUAAUAUGGCAGCUGUUGUGGAUGCUCUCUAUGAGAAGGCUCAGCACACUUUAUAA